AUGGGUUCUGAGCUGCAGGUCAAGUAUCAGAAGCUAGCACAGGAGUAUGCUAAGGUUGAGUUAAGAACAAAGGAUCAAGCUCUUAGAAAACAUGCACAGGAAAAUGAAUCAUUGAGCUUUCGAAAUCAACAGUUGUCAAAGCGUGUCUCAACACUUCAAGAUGACUUGGAAUCAUCAGCAAAAGGAAAAAAGAAAAAGGAUCAUGGAGGAAUGCUAUUACCUGAUGUCCAAGGAGAAGAACUGGCAGCAAAAAUAGCUGAGAAUGAACAACUACACUCUAAAAUGUUUGAAAUGAAUCAGAAAUCUCAGAAACUGACGGCUCAACUUAAAGACAGAAUAGCAACACUAGAACAGGAAGUUGCUAAUAAUGAUGCACUGAUAUCUGAAAUAAAUAAAGAAAGUACAUUGAGAUAUGAGCAGGUGGAAGAAGAGAAGAUUGUCCUAAUAGCAAAGGUUGAGAAACUAACUGAAGAGCUAAAGCAAAGUAGAAUGAUGACUCCUACAGUAAGGACUGAUACCACACCUCAAUCUAUUAAAGAUAAAGAUGUACUGAGUUUGAAUGUGUCCAACAUUGGUAAAGGAGCUGAUUCCAAGCAGUCUGUGGUUCUCAAUGCAGUCAAGGGUCUUGUGAUGGAGUUUUUGGAUCAUUUGCCAUCUUUUUCAUCAUAUCUUCAGCAAGUUUUUUAA